UGCUAACCAAUGAUGUUGCUAUUGCUAAUAACAUUAGCUUUGUGUGCUGUCUGAGGUGAAAACUUAAAGGGAUUUGUUUGUCCGCUGAGACAUUCGGAACCAUCUGUGUUGUGUUGAAGUCGGAUGUGGACAAAAUAGGAGCAGAGCAGUAAAAUGUCUGUUUUCUCAGAACCUCCACAUGAAGACGGUUCUGUGGAGGAGGAACCAGAACCUCCUCAGAUCAAAGACAUCCAGGUUGAAUUCUGGACCAGGCAGGAGGUUGAGCAUUUCUUGGACACUGAUUCUUUUCUGAUGCCUAAAUCCAGAUGUGAGGAAACAUCUGGAGCUUGUGAGAACAGCAGGAGGGUCCGGUUCCAGAAAGGGAUGGGUGGUCAGAGCGGACCGGUCCAGAGGGACCUUCAGACUUCAGAACUAGAGCAGGAGGUUCUGAUGGAUCAACAGCUCUUGAAGCAGGAGAGGAACUGCAGAAUGGACCGUGAGGAGCCAGAACCUCAACAAAUUAAAGAAGAACCAGAUUCUCCACAUGAUAAAGACAAACAAGAUCCUUUGCAGAUGAAAGAAGACCCAGAUUCUCCAGGGAUUAAAGAAGAACUGAUUCCUUCACAGAUUAAGGAAGAACCAGAAUCUUCAGAGAUUAAAGAAGAACGGCAAGAAGUCUGCAUCAACCAGGAUGAAGAGCAGUUUGUUCUGGAAGAGGAGACCAAAACCUUUGUGGAGACUCCUACUUCUGAAGAAAGUGACCAAAGGGAAACGGAACCAAACGGAGACCAGCUCCACUCUCACAUGUCUCCCAUAGAGUCAGGACCAAGUCAAAACAGCCUCAUAGACAAGAGGAAACCAUACACUUGUGACAGCUGUGGCAAAAGUUUCUCUCAUUUAUCAUCGUUGAACCGUCACAAGAACAUUCACUCAAAGGAAAAGGGUUAUUCAUGCAAGUUAUGUGAUAAAACUUUCAAACGAAACCAUCUUUUGUUGUCCCACAUUCGAAGCCAUAAUAACAAAUAUCCACAUUCAUGUGAAAAAUGUGGUAAAAGUUUUGAGUAUCUCAGUGUUUUGACUCGUCACAUGAGGACUCACACGGGUGAGAAGCCGUACUCUUGCAAAGCCUGUGGGAAGAGCUUCAGUCUCGAGGGCAACCUGCUGCGGCACAUGAGAACUCGUACAGGAGAGAAACACUACUCCUGCAAAGAAUGCGGGAAGAGUUUCAGUCAAAUGAGUAAUUUGUCAUCACACAUGAUGAUUCACACAGGUGAGAAACCGUAUGCUUGCAAUGAUUGUGGGAAGAGUUUCAACCAAAAAAGCAACUUUUUGACGCACAUGCGAACUCACACAGGUGAGAAACCGUACUCCUGCAAAGAAUGUGACAAAAGUUUUAGGCAAAAAAGUGACUUGUUGGGUCACAUGAAGAUUCACAGUUGAGUCACUUGGCUCUGGUCGAGCUUGUGGGAAAUGAUUGAAAUCUGUAAGUUGGUUUGUUUUGACCUGACCAGGGUUUCCCACGCCUCUUUCAAGAUGACAAUAAACUUCUGAAAUGAAAACUUCUGAAGUCUUAAUCUAGUGUUUGAUGUACUGACGUGAGCCUGUCUGCUGAGUCCUGACUCAUCACUUCUAUCAAGAUCAUUCACCAGCUGACGGGUAAUGAACAGAUUCCGUCACAGCAGCUUCUGGAGGGUGUGGUGCUUCAUUUAUAUUUUUACAUUUAUUAGGACUUCUCUUUGAUGUUUUUGAUCUCAUCUAACAUGGAUUCCUUUCAGGAUCAUCACAGAACCCAUAUUUGUUCCUCUUACAUGAGAACUUUUCUUUUCCUCAAACACUACCAGCACCUGUAUGUGUCCAGCCAAUCAGACUCUAGACUUGAGCAGAACUGUGUAGGAAGGCAAGGGCCAGACUAUCAGUGCCAAACCUUCAGUGAAACUCAGAACAGUUCAUUCUUGUGUGUUGAUGUGUGAUAUUUGAUGGAUUUGUUUGAAUAACAAUUUUUCACUUAACCUCCUCUCCAUGCUUCAUCUCAGGUGGAACAUUAUUCUUUAACGAACUCAUGCUUGAUGGGUAACUGCUCUUCUUUUAAUCUGUACAGGUACUGUUAGAAUGAGUGGAAGAGAGGAUUAAAAAACUGGAUUUUUAA